UGCUGGCGCAUAAUCGCGUCACGUGGAACGUCGGCGGCGCGCGACGCCGCAAUCAAGCGACCACAGCGGCUGCGCGGCGUUAAUUUAUAGCCGCAGCGGCUACGUGAACUUGUCGCAGCGCGACCGGCCCAACCUAUUAUAAUCAGCGCUUUGCAUUCACAGCGCCUUGGCUCGCGCGCGGCGGACGCGGAGCAACGAUGCGAACAAUAUGGUUCACAGCGCUGGUCCUCGGCGUCGCAUCUGCGGUCGACUCGGCUGCAACUCCGGCGCCGCAGUCGCGCCCGACGCCGCAGACGGCGCGCCCGAGGCCGAAACCGCGGCCGAGGCCGCGGCCAACGCCAACGCGCCCACCUACGGGUCGACCGAUGGAGGAGCGGGUCGCAGAUCUGGAGCGCGAGAACGAAAAGCUCCGGCAAACCCUCCAACCGCCGGCACCGGCGCCGACCGAAAGGCAAGACGAAGACGCCGAGCCACCGAAGCCGAAGGCCGAGCCGCCAACGCCAAAGGCCGAGUGUUUGCUCGCGAGCGUCCCGCGCAAGGAGCUGUCCGCGUGCGUCCUGGCGAACGGCUUCUGCGUCGCGUCACAGACCGAGUGCACCGAGCUCGGUGGCCGCUAUGACUCGAAAGGGUGCGGCGGCGGCGGCGACUGCGCGUGCUGCGAGGGGAUACCCGAGGAGCCUACUCCGAAGCCGACGCCGGCGCCCACAGUUCCGAGGCCGACACGCAAUGAAUGUCCGCUUCAGCGGGUACCGCGGAAGUCGUUGUCCGCGUGCGUACUCGCAAAUGGCUUCUGUGUAGGAAGUCCCGACGAGUGCACCGAGCUCGGCGGGCGCUACGAUGCGCGGGGCUGCGGCGGCGGCGACGAGUGCGCCUGCUGCGAGGCCAUCCCAACCGAGCCACCAUCACCGCGGCCGACGCUCUCGCCCGCGCCGAGCUCAGACAGCGCUUGCGAGCUCACUGAGGUCUCGCCGAGCUCGCUGCGCACGUGCAUCAAGACGGGCGGCUACUGUGUGGCGACGGCGCGCGAAUGCGAGGCGCUGGGCGGCACCUUCGACGCCGUCGGUUGCGGGCCCAGCGCGUCCUGCGGCUGCUGCGGCGACGUGCCCGACGACGAGGACGAGGACAAGGAGGAGGCCGCGAACGAGGAGCCGGCAGCGAAGCACCUGCGCGCGUCGACGCCGGCGCCCUCCGUCGGACGCCGGACGCCGCGGCACGCCUACUGGUGGACGCCGCGGCCGACGUUCGCGCCCGUGCCCCCGCCGCCGCCGCCCCGGAUCUUCCUCUACGUCCGGCUCGUCGCGGUACUGAUGGGUCUGGCGGCCCUGGCGGCGGCGCUGCCGGAGCCGACGCAUCCGGCCCUGAAGAUCCUGCGCUGGCCGUUCUACCAGCUGUUCGUGUGCAUGCGCGCCGGCGUCGUCGGCGCCUGCGGCCUCUGCUUCUCGUUCGGCGACGGCAUCGCCGAGUCGCGGCCGCCGCGUCCCCCGACCAAGGUCGAGCUCUCGAAAGUGCGCUCCGACGGGUCAGACGACGCGCUCCUCGGCGACGGCGACCUCAACGACGCGUUCGCGGAGUUCGAGAACGAGCACGACAAGAACCCGUUCAACCUCUCGGCGACGACGAGUCGGCGCCGGUGA